CAGUUUUCUAGCUUUUCUCUCUAUAACCCUUUAUUUGGUUGCUGAGAUGAUUGGGAAUGGGAAAGCAAUUAGGCUUAUGGUUAUGAAUUUGACUGUGCUAUUUGGGGUUUUGAAAAAAAAUUCUCUUCAAUUACUUUGAAGGAUGCUGGAUUUUUUUAGCUUUUUCGACGUUCUUAAGGAGUGUAUUGACAGCUUUCAAGAUUUUAGAGGGUUGCUUUAAGUUUUAAUUAUGCAGUAUAGGUUGAGUCCUGGUGAAGAUUCAGACAGAAUGCGCUUUUUCAAUACUUGGAAUUCUAACCUUUGCUUAUCUGUUUGGGGAGUUUUUUUUUCCCCUUCUCUGCUUGAAUUAUGGCAACGCACUUUCUGUUUUAUGUUUAUGAUUGAUUUGAAUUUGGUAUAUGUUUAAUGUAUGAGACAGCAAGUCAACUAUUCUUUAAUUUAUUGAAUUGAAUUGAGGAUUCUGAUUACUUGUAACCUGUCAAAGGGAAUGCUGUCUCUCUCCUGCUAAAAUAAAUACUUUUGUUGUCUGUUCUGCUUUUCCUUUCAGGCUAUAGUAUAAAACUUUUAGGAUUCUAAGGUUUCUAAAGUUAGUUUUGAAUUUUUUUUAUGAAUGUUUUUCCUGCAAGUAGGAAUAUUACUUGAUUCAAUGAUUUUUCAUUUCUUCUCAUUGGCUUCAUUUGAUUGCUGAAUUUUUGGCCUUUUGAAAUUUGAUGGUUGCAGAUUUAAUAGUUUGUGUUCAAAUCUCAUUUUCUGGACUAAAACCAAAUCUUGUACAAUGCCUAUCUCACAAGAAACAUCCAAUUUUGAUGAGAUUUCUAUGAAGCAGAGUUUGAUUUUCUCUGAUUGUCUCAAGGAUUUAAAGAACCUGAGGGCACAAUUAUACUCAGCAGCAGAGUAUUUUGAACUUUCAUACACAAAUGACGACCAAAAACAGAUAGUGGUAGAAACAUUGAAAGAUUAUGCUGUUAAAGCUCUUGUGAAUACUGUGGAUCACUUAGGUUCUGUUACUUUUAAGGUUAAUGAUCUUUUGGAUGAAAAGGUUGACGAAGUAUCUGGAACAGAGUUUAGAGUGUCAUGCAUUGAACAGAGGCUAAGAACAUGUCAAGAAUAUAUCGAUCAUGAAGGGCAUUCCCAACAAUCCUUGGUGAUAAAUACACCAAAGUAUCACAAGCGCUACAUAUUACCAGUUGGGGAGACCAUGAAUGGGGGUACCCAAACUAAAUCCAAGUACCAAGGGUGCAACCUAAAUGAUGAAGAUGAGUGGCACCAAUUUAGAAAUGCCGUCCGAGCAACUAUCAGAGAAACGCCACCAUCCAUCAUAAGUAAAGAAAAUUCUCCUGUGCCUUCUCAACGAGCAUCCCCGUCCCCGCAACCUAGAACGUUCUCAUUCACGUCUACCAUGCCCAAGAAGGAAUUAGAUAAGAGAUCGGUUUCACCACAUCGGUUUCCACUUUUGCGUUCUGGUUCGCUCUCGAGUAGGCCAAAGACACAAAGCUCAAGUCGAUCGACUACUCCACACUCAAGUCGGCCAACCACUCCAAGUAAUUCCAAUGGCCAACGGCGGUAUCCUUCAGAACCUCGGAAAUCAGCAUCAAUGCGAAUACCAGCAGAAAGGGAAAGGGAAAGGGAAAGGGAAAGGGACAACAGCAAGGAUGUUGAACAAUAUCCCAGCAAAAGCAAGCGCCUAUUAAAGGCCCUGCUUAGCCGACGCAAGUCGAAGAAAGACGACAUGUUGUACACUUAUUUGGAUGAAUACUAGUACAAGAGUUUCAAGAAAACAAUGAACAGCAGUGGAAACAGCUGGUGCAUGAGGGCUUCAAAUUCAAUUCUUCACAGAUGCCACUUUGUACUGAAACCAUUUCUUUGUUAUCAUUAUUGUAAUUUCAUAUAGCAGUUUUCCUUCGUCCCAUGCUGAAAUCAUUUCUUUGUUAUUAUUAUUAUUUUCUUUUUACUUCAAAUUAUAGUAAUACAAGUGAUAUCAUCGUGGCACAUCAAACGGCGCCCUCUAUUCUUCAAUGUAAACUUCUUUUUUUCCUAGCUGCACAAUGCUUUGCCGUGCUACAUCCUCAAUAAAAUAACAAACUUAGAUCA